AUGAUUCCCCAGCUUGCUCAUCCUCGACACCUCUCGCAGCAUCAGCAGUUUGGCAGCCCUAGCUUUGCGGUCCCGCCAUUCGAGCCCCUCCAUAACCCUCGACGGCAAGACCAGUCUGCCUCUCUGCCUCGACCGCUACCUUUUCGCAGUGCUCGAUCUUUCGCCUCUUCUUCUGCUACACCAUUCCCCCGUGCAUACCCCCUCUAUGAUACGCGCCGCGCCGGCUUGGCCCGGGAGAGCUCAAAUGGAGGAGCCUUUCGAUCCUCUUACAACGACCCUUCGGAGCAUAUGCUUCGACGGAAGACCCCGAAUGGGACACUGGCAGCAGGAUACGAUGGUACGCCCGUCCAGUGGUCUAGUAAACCGCCUGCUUUGAAGCAUGUUGUCCUUCCUCUAUCGGAGGGCUCAGCCAGCCGGACCAACAACUAUUCUCUUGCUGCCUCAAACAAUUCGAGUUCAUGGCAGAGACCCGAGGCUUCGGGAUGGGCAUAUCAACAAACACCCCAGUAUGGUGGCAUGAAUGCUGGCAUAGGGGAAUCGCGAGGGGGCGGGGCGACAGAAAAGUGGUCACAAUUAUCCCCUCUCCCCUCAAUUUCCUUGAACUCCUGGGAGAAUAUGGAUAUGCAACAAACCCCAACCUACUACCCAUUGAAUAGUUCACAAGUGCCAAUAGUUCUCCAGCCUUCAUUCCAACCAUCACCAGGACCUACAGCAUCGAACGACGGCGGUUUGUAUGGUCCCUACUGGCCAGAUGGAAGGUAUGUUCCAUAUCGCCCUGCGGCCUUUCGAGGACCGGGUGGACACCAUGUCAAUCAAGAUUUGUACAACAAUCAUGAACUUCAGAGCCAAUCCCAUUUCCCGCUCGAGUUUUCCCCCCCCUUUCGGCCUCCACCGAUUUCGCUUAAAACGGAACCAGUUCAUCCCGUAGGAAAUUCGCUCUUCAAUUCCCCUUAUCCCGACGCCAGCAUACAUGGUCAAGAUCAGCGUUAUAGUAUUCCUACACAACUUAACCCAAUCCAAUUCGAAGGCUCUCUCUAUCCGCUAAACUCUGAGGGGUCUAGAACACCAACGGCAGAAUCGACCAGUAGAGCCAACAACAAUCAUAGAUUCCCAGAAAAGACCCUUUCAUGGGCUCAUACAAUAUAUGUUGACCUGCUAGCUUUCAUUCAGCGGUCGAAAAAAGAGAGUAGGUCGGCAAAUCCAUCUCAUGGUUCAAAGCCCUACGGCAAGGCCAGUUACUAUCCAAAACCCCCCCGUCAACCAGCGUCUUAUUUAGGGAAUUCUCAGUGGGCAGGUCUGAACGGAGACACAAAUGAUGCAAACAACAUUCGGCGGCCUAGUCAGAUAUCCCGGCCAGCUCCUAGACAAUUUGUAAAUCGGGAGUAUAACAGCUGGCCAGGGGGUAGCUCGGGGCAAAUACCACAGAUAGCAUCCGCUAGCCAGGAGCUAGGUCCACAUACCCCUUCGUUUCAGCCGCUGCACCACCUCUCAGGCUCUCCUAUAAGUAGGGCGAAAGAAGCACUUGAUCUCCUCACAAGUUUGUGUGAACAAAGUGGCUGGUAUUGGAUCGACGGUAUGCUGCUCGGUGGGUGUCUAGCUUACGGAUUGGAACAAUAUCAUGAUGCUCUUGAUUGGUAUUCCAAGAUUAUUGCUUUAGACUCCAAGUAAGUUCCUUGUUCCUUUUUUUAUAUCUUCGCUGUGGGAUGCAACACUAAUCAUCAAACUAGGCAUGUGGAAGCGAUGUCAAAUCUUGCUGCCACUUUACUGUGCCUCAAUAGACGUGAGGAAGCUGAGCGACAUUGGUUGCAAUCGGUUAGACUUCGACCGAGCUAUUUUGAAGCAGUAGAGCAUCUCAUUGGGUUGCUUUGUGGAAAUAAUCGCGGUGAAGAGGCUGUUGUUAUUAUUGAUUUUGUAGAACACGCACUCAGAUUGCCAAAACCCGAAGAAUCACAUGACCAUACCAGCGAAACGUCCAGCAACGCAGACCGUGAGUCUUGUGCAUCCAUGGGAACGUCCUCAGAGAAUAUUGCUCUGGAUUAUGAUCGCGAUAGCGAAAAUAUUUAUCAAAUGCCUCGUGUUCGCGAGAUUGAGGAUGUUUCCCUGGAGCCGGGUUUUGGCUCGAGUGGCUUUGCGGUGCCUGGCUCGGAAAAUGGACGAAUUCUGGCUCUCGUACACGCCAAAGGGAACAUGCUGUACGCACUUGGCAAAAUAAAUGCAGCAUCCAAAGCUUUCGAGGAUGCAGUUCUCAUCAGUGCUGGUCGAAGUUUUAACGGAAUACCUGGUCUCAUAGGACAAAUUGUCAGCACACUAUCUCAAGAUGAGCAGGUCGGUAUGCCAGGAGAGUUCAGACAGCGACCAGUUCCAGAUAGACAAGCUCCUUUAUUACUGCCUCCGCCUAAAGCUUUGCAAACAGCAAGACUGGUCUUUGCCAAAAACGGGGAGUUGCCUGGACUCCGCUAUGUCCUAGAAGGUCUUGCCCGAAAGGCUGCCAUAUCAAUCACAAGUAACUCCCUUCUGUCCCUGGCCAAGAUCUUUCAAGAUGCUAUGUCUAAUAGUAGUUUAUCGCAACGGAUUUCGCGGAUGCCCUCGGGCGUUGGCGAUAUAUUGGCGCUCUACUAUCUUUCUCUCUCUCUACAACCCAGCCCAUCAACUGCGAACAACGUUGGAAUAUUACUCGCUAGUGUUCAACAUCCUUCGGCGUAUCGAUCCGCUAUUCAGAGAGACCCGGCGGCCAUGCCAGUUCUACAAGGGAUGGGUGCGGUUCCAAUAGUUCCUGGAAGUGGUAUAGCUUUGGCCCUUGCUUACUACCACUACGGGCUCAGUCUUGACAAUCACCAUGCACACAUUUACACAAAUCUUGGAAGUCUGCUCAAAGAUAUUGGAAAACUUGACGCUGCUAUUUCCAUGUACGAGAAAGCAGUUGAAUGUGAUAGCUCGUUCGACAUAGCUUUAGCCAAUCUUGCAAAUGCGGUCAAGGACCAAGGCCGCACCAGUGAUGCUAUCACUUUUUACCGUCGCGCUGUUGCUGCUAGUCCUGAUUUUGCCGAAGCCGUAUGUGGUCUUGCAAACGCUCUCAAUUCCGUGUGCGACUGGGCUGGACGUGGCGGAGUCAUUCUCGAUAAUGGAAGGCAAGACCGUUGGCAUAUUGAUGAGAAGGGCAUGUUUAUUGAGGCUAGAAUGAAUGGAAAUGGCGGUGGCUGGAUGAAGUCUGUGGUCGACAUCGUUACGAAGCAGCUCAAGGAAGGUUCAGCUUGGGGGCGUGGGACUCUACAAGAACAAACGCUUCAUCAGCUUCUCGGACAACUAGAGAUCGCUGAUACCGGCGGACGAUGGAUGGCAGAGAAGAAAAGCAACAUUCAGAUUGUCCUUGGUCGUUGGGCAGGCCAUCGAUGGGAAGGAUCCCGCAUUGUCCGACUCAUCGAGCGAUCCAUAAAGAGAGCAAUGCAUCGAUGGUAUCAGGACAAACAUGUCCAAAAUAAGCAACUUCCAAGCUCCUUCUAUCCCAGACCACAGCUACCCGGUAGCCUGUCUGUCCCAACAGCACCUACUGUUCUACCUUUCCACACAUUUACGUGUCCGUUAUCCGCUAAGGACAUUCGUAUGAUCUCGCAGCGCAAUGCUCUCAGAAUAUCUUGCUCGACACUUCGCGCUCCAUGGAUGCCACCAUCGGUGUUUCCACCACCAUCUCCCCCAACCCCCCAUCUCAACAUUGGAUACGUGUCUUCCGAUUUCAACAACCAUCCUCUAGCUCACUUGUAAGUGCCUCAAAUACUGCUGCUGUCUGACAUUCGUGUUAACAUAUAUCCCUAGAAUGCAAUCUGUUUUUGGAUUCCAUGAUCCUUCUCGAGCGAAAGCUUUCUGCUAUGCUACUACAACCAGUGACAACUCCGUGCACAGGCAGCAGAUCGAACGGGAGGCACCAGUUUUCCAUGACGCCAGCACUUGGCCAGCUGAUCGCUUGGUCAACCAGAUUGUCCAUGAUGAAAUCCAUAUAUUGGUUAAUCUGAAUGGUUAUACCAGAGGUGCCAGAAAUGAGGUUUUUGCCGCCCGGCCAGCACCUAUUCUGAUGUCAUUUAUGGGCUUCGCGGGUACAUUGGGCGCCGAAUGGUGCGAUUAUUUGUUGGCUGACGAGGUAGCUAUUCCACCAAGCACACUUCGUCCUUGGAGACGGAAUCUUGAUCUGGAAGAUCAGGUGCUAGAUCAGCAAUCGCACGAAGAUGAGGAUUGGGUGUAUUCCGAGAAUAUCAUCUUUUGCCGCGAUACCUUCUUCUGUUGCGACCACGCCCAAUCGGAGCCCUUGGGGCGGCGAUUGACCUGGGAAGAGGAACAAACUAAACGGUGGCAAAUGCGAAAGGAAAUAUUCCCCGAUAUUUCAGACGAGACAAUUAUUCUUGGUAAUUUCAACCAGUUGUAUAAGGUUAGUGGUUCACUGCUUCAGUAAAAUUGUAAAUGCGAAAUGCUAACUUGCUGGUAGAUUGAGCCCACCACGUUCCGCACGUGGUUGAGAAUAUUGGAUAAAGUUCCAAAUGCUAUACUUUGGCUACUUCGUUUUCCGGACUUGGGUGAGAGCAAUCUGAGGCGCACUGCUAAGGAUUGGGCAGGAGAAAGCGUCGCAAAACGUAUUAGAUUUACGGACGUUGCGCCCAAACAUUUACACAUUUCCAGGGCCCGAGUCUGCGAUCUCUUUCUGGAUACUCCGGAAUGCAACGCGCAUACGACGGCGGCAGAUGUUUUAUGGUCAAGCACACCCAUUCUUACAUUUCCUCGAUACCAAUACAAGAUGUGCUCUCGUAUGGCAGCCUCCAUCCUGAAGGGUGCUCUUCCUCGAGGAGAAGCAGGAAACCAGGCUGCCAAGGAAUUAAUUGCUAAAGACGAUGAUCAAUACGAAGACUUUGCUACGAAUCUUGCUCUAAGUAUGUCCUUCCGAAGGCUACCUUGUGGUCAAAUGGAAGGCUAUGGCAGACUUGUAGAGCUCCGAAGGUUGUUAUUCGAUAGUCGGUGGACCUGCGCCUUGUUUGAUACAAGGAGGUGGGUGAGAGAUUUAGAAUUGGCAUACAGCGAAGCGUGGCGUAGAUGGGUUGCCAACGAAGGCGGAGAUAUUUACUUAUAGAAAACCUGGGUUGGCUGGAGUUAGAUGGUUG